GGCAACUUUGCUGCUCUUUUUCUUCCCAGUGAAACGUGAUGUCCAGGAAAACGAUGAGGAAGCGGUGCAAGUCAAGGAGCAGAGCAUCCUGGAGCUGGGGUCGCUGCUGGCCAAGACUGGGCAGGCAGAAGAGCUGGGAGGACUCCUGAAGUAUGUGAGACCCUUUUUGAACUCCAUCAGCAAAGCCAAGGCCGCCCGCCUGGUGCGCUCGCUGCUCGAUCUGUUCCUGGACAUGGAGGCAGCCACAGGACAGGAGGUUGACCUGUGUUUAGAGUGUAUUGAAUGGGCCAAAUCAGAGAAGAGGACUUUCCUACGCCAGGCUCUGGAGGCGAGGCUGGUCUCCCUCUACUUCGACACCAAGAGGUACCAGGAGGCUCUGCAGCUAGGCUCCCAGCUGCUCCGGGAGUUGAAAAAGAUGGAUGACAAGGCKCUGCUGGUGGAGGUGCAGCUCCUGGAGAGCAAAACUUACCACGCCCUGAGCAACCUGCCAAAAGCAAGAGCAGCCUUAACCUCAGCCCGGACUACAGCCAACGCCAUCUACUGCCCCCCCAAGCUGCAGGCAGCGCUGGACAUGCAGUCAGGUAUUAUCCAUGCAGCAGAAGAGAAGGACUGGAAAACAGCCUAUUCAUAUUUUUAUGAGGCAUUCGAGGGCAACGAUUCGAUUGACAACCCCAAAGCCAUCACUGCUCUGAAAUACAUGCUGCUGUGCAAAAUCAUGCUCAACAGCCCAGAAGAUGUGCAAGCGUUAGUGAGUGGGAAGCUUGCUCUGCGGUAUGCAGGAAGACAGACAGAAGCACUAAAAUGUGUGGCACAGGCCAGCAAGAACCGGUCACUGGCAGAUUUCGAGAAGGCUCUGACAGACUACAAGGUGGAGCUCAGGGACGACCCCAUCAUCAACACUCACCUGGCCAAGCUCUAUGAUAAUUUAUUGGAACAGAAUCUGAUCAGAGUCAUCGAGCCCUUCUCCAGAGUACAGAUUGAACACAUAUCCAGCCUCAUCAAGCUCUCAAAGGCUGAGGUAGAAAGGAAACUGUCACAGAUGAUCUUGGACAAGAAGUUUCACGGAAUCCUCGACCAGGGCGAGGGUGUCCUGAUCAUCUUCGACGAACCCCCCGUAGACAAAACUUACGAGGCCRCCCUCGAGACGAUUCAGAACAUGAGCAAAGUAGUGGAUUCGCUCUACAACAAAGCCAAGAAGUUGACAUAGAGUUGAAUUUGCUAGCUGUCAUUUGGAGAGUGUGUGUGACAGGAGAGUGAAACCUUUGGGAAAAUGUUAGGAGACUUUUUUUUUUUGGUUUUUUUUUUUUUUUUUUUUUUUUUUUUUUUUUUUUUUUUUUUUUUUCUUCUUCGUUCUACUUUUCGCUCGGAAAGUUUUUAAACUUCCUCAUCCGGUGCAUCUUGUAUUCCAGACGAUGCGUGUUCCAGUUUCCAUGUAAUCUUUACUGGCCGAACUUUGUAUCUGGGGGGGGAAUAUUGUUUAAACAAAGAGGGUAUUCUAAAUAAAAGGAAAAAGGCUUACACUACCUAAACAUGUGCUUUCCACUUCCUGAGGGACGGCAGAGUUCAGCAGGGACAGCGUUUCGUUACCAGUAGGUGCCCAAAACCACCUCCUCCGCCCCGAAACCGGAGACGCGCUGGCGGUGCCCGAGCAGCCACCUCGAUUUCAUUCGUACUGAACCAAACAAACCCAAAAUGUACAGACUGCUGGUUUCUUUUUCCAUCCUCAAGGCCUCCGACCCCGCUGGAGAGCAGCUCCGCGAGGAUUCCCCUGCGGGCCGGAGCUGUGGGGCCGCUCUGGGCCGAGGGAGCGGCGCGGCUUUGCCCGGGAGCCUGACUUUGCAUGCUCUUGUUUGCAGCUAGACUUAGAUUUUCCAUGUGUCCUCCCUCCCCGGCGGAGCCCUGGCUGUGCCUCUGCCGAGUUUGGGACAGCCCAGCCCCUUGGGACAGCCCAGUGCAGCUCCUGGGAGCUCCCUCCUUAGUCCCAAACUCCCGGCGGGCGGAGCACGGUGUAUUCCAGCAUGUUCCAUUUUCUGGUGAGGUUUCCAGUAAGUUUUAAACGCCAUUUGGGCAGUGUAAGCUUCUGCAUCUCUGUCCUGCUCAUCUUUAUUUUUCCUUUUCCCCUCUGUCUCUAUUUUCCUUCUCCACGUUUUUCUUACAAAAUUUAUAUUUUGUAAAAGGGUUCUGUUUUAUCAGGAAAUAUUUUGCCUUCACGCUGACUCUUGGACUGGCUGAUUUUUCCCCCUUUCUGUUCACAUUUUGAUCUCUCCGACCUUUUACUUUAUUUUAUUUUAUUAUUCUUAAUUCCCAUCUCCUCCAGUCAGUCGCUGUUUGGGUUUUUGGCACCAUCAAUAUCAAAUGUACAAACGGUUCUUGCUAACCAACACCAGGUAUAUCUGAUGUUCAGAUGAGUUCCAAUAAAGAAUUUUUUUUUCAAAAAA